UGAGGAAGAGAGACAUUUAUUCAUUCACAUAUGGAAGGAAGUAGCUCUUUAACCAAACCAUGAGAAGAAAGGGAGAAUAAAUUAUCAUCAAUGAAAAAAUAUGAACAAGUAACAACACUUAUAUUCUACUUAUUCUUAUUAUUAGUGCUGCCAUGAAAUUGAAACUACUCCCAUCAACAAUUUCACCCCAUUCCUUUCAACUCCGUGAUUCCAAUUUCAAUGCUUCUUCUUCAUCCUCUUCCUCCGUUCACAGACACAAGCACAGUUUCAAUUUCAUAGUAACCUCCAAAAGCAAAAAGAAGCAUCAGAAUAAUGACGCUAAGGGUUCCGAUUCUCAACGAACUCCUCCCAGAAUCACUUCUAACGCCAAGCAAAACCUUCGAAUUCUCAAAACAUUGAAGGAGUACCAAAAACGAAAAACUAGCCCUCCAAGACCUUCCACCAGUUACCGUAAAAAGAAGGCUGAAAAGCCGCAUAUUCGCAACGACUACGAUUCAAGAGCUUCUGAUUCAAACCAGCUGGUUAUAAUAAAUGAUGUUGCUCCUGUGAUGCUUGUUGAUGGCUAUAAUGUCUGUGGAUAUUGGAUGAAGCUCAAGAAAUAUUUUAUGAAUGGGCAACUUGAGAUUGCUCGCCAAUUGCUGAUUGAUGAGCUUAUAAGCUUUAGUAUGCUUACAGAGUUUAAAGUGGUUGUUGUAUUUGAUGCCAUGAUGUCUGGAUUCCCCACUCACAAGGAAUAUGCUGCUGGUAUCGACAUUGUCUUCUCAAGUGAAACAUCCGCUGAUACAUGGAUUACAAUUGAGGUUUCAAAUUUAAAGGAGGAUGGUUGCCCCGACGUCUGGGUUGUCACUUCUGAUCACUCUCAACAGGAAGCAGUGAAUGUAGCAGGAGCCUAUGUUUGGAGUUGCAAGACAUUGAUAACUGAGAUCGAGGCAUCACAAAAGGAGGCUGAUGAGAUGCUUCAAGGGAAAAGAUCAACUUCUUUUCAAGCUAGUUUGUUGAAGCACUGUCUUGAUAAGAAAGUAGUGGAUGCUCUGCAAACCCUGAGGCAAAAGUUAGUAGAAAACGAGUCGAAGUAGAAUAUCAAAUUAAAAUUCUAGUAAGAGAAUUUAGUUUGACAGGUGAAUAGGCUUUAAUAUUCUGAUGUUAAAGAUGCUUUGUUUUUUGGCAUGGGGGCAUGCAUUAUUAUUUACUUGGUUACUUUUUUCUUUUCACAUUAUGUCAAAAUCUGAACUUAUUGAAAAUGACUUUCUGUGUCAACCAUAACGGAGAUAUUGUAAACACUGGUGUCAUUUGAUAUUCAAGACAACAGCCUUAGGAACUAUAAUGUGUAAAUAACCAAGCAAAUGUAUGAUCAGCACAACAACAUAUGUACAGAGACAGUUUCUUGCUUGUGGGAAUACAAAAUCGCUGUUCUUCAUAA